AUGUUGUGACGACGGUGCGAGGGGUGCGUGUGUGUGUGUGUGCGUGUGUCUGCACAUGUGUGCACGUCGGUGUUAGUGAGAAGAGAAAGGGCUUCAUCAUCACUGCUGCCCUGUGUACGGUGCGCGCUUGUGUGCGCGCGUGUGUGUGUGUGUGCGUCAAAUUUGGAUGCUGGUGGAUAAGCCCGUCCACGCUCCGUGUGUGUUGCACAGGCCGCGGCAGUGAAGUGAAGUAAAACAAAGUUUGUCCGUGGCACCGCACACAGUUGGCCCUGCGAAAAUUAGCCCCCAACCAACGGUACACGCACGGUGAGGAAGACAAGAAAACAAGAAAAACAACAACGGAAGAAACAAACGCAUGUGAAGCCUUGUACCGGACAGGGGGGCGGUCCAAGCAAGCCGUCGUCAUUUGCCCCCGUUCAGGAAGGAUGGGGAGAGGGUGCUUUUUUUUGCACACAUCGUGAACAUUCCGCAUCGCACCGUGGGAUGUCAUUGGGUGUGUGUGUGUGUGCGUGUCUGGUGCGCCCAAGUGAAUGCAUUACAGAUUCGUGUGUAACUGACCAACCACUCAACGCAGCACGGUUGUUGUUUUUUUUUUGUUUCAUUUGGCACCGCUCGUGAAGCUCACGGUAUCGUGCUGUGCGCGCGUGUGUGUGUGUGUGUGUAGGUUGAUAGAAUGUGAGCAAAAAAAAAAAAAGUUGCCCGAAAGAGUAAGGUAGGGCUGGCAAGCGCUCUAUCCCUCUCUCUCUCUCGCUCGCUCGCUCUCUCUCUGCGGGGGAACCACGGAGUAGAAGAAAGUGUGAAAGUGAUCGUGAAGAAGAGGAAGAAGAAAAAAAAGUGAAAAAUAAUUAGCAAACAUCUGCUAAAAAUUUUCCCUUUCCAAGCACCACGUGUGUAUGUGAGCGUGCGCGCGCCCGCCCGUGUGUGUGUGUGUUUGUGCGUAUUGUUUGUGUUGUGCAAAGGUGUGCAAUAGCAGGAAGUGCAAGCAAGGGGGAAAAGGGAAAGAUCCCUUCAAAGCGACCCGCGGUUGAUUUAUUUUCUAUUUUUCCGCCUUUAGUUGGCUCAGCUCUGUGCGGGUGUGUGUGUGAGCGGGUUUUCCUCGAUCGAUCUGCAGAGUAGUAGUGUGUGUGUGUGCCGUGUGCCUAACCCAGUGUGCGCGUGUCGGGCAUGUGUGGUGCUGUGCGUAGGCGCGUGUGUUUGCCGGGGGCAUGAUAGUAACCCCUCGAUCGGCCUCGCUCACACUCAACGCAGCAAGCGAAAGCGUCGUCGUCGGUGGUGAUCGUCGUCGGCGUUGCCAACCCCUCGAUACCACGACCGUCGGUGGCGGUGGUGGUGGUGGUGGUGAUAAGAGUAGCAGCAGCAGCAGCAAUAACAGCAACAACAGCAACCAUAACAACGGCUGCGACGACCGGAGGGACGGCGUCCCCAUCAUUAGCAACCUGUUGAUUGGCAGCCCAGCCGACAUUUCGGUUGCUGGACAGCGGCAGCGGCACGAAGCAGCGGCCAGGUGGCGGCAAGCGAACGGUAGAGCGAACGACGGCCACCGGUUCGCCAUCUGUACGAGACGGGAGCAGCAACGUAGUACGGCAGGUACCGUUCCGCGCGGUGGGCAGCCCGAAAGCGGCAGCACGUACCGUACCGGCGUGACGGAAGGUGGUGGUGGUGGUGCGGCGGCGGCAGCAGCAGUAGCAGCGGCAGCGACGGCCACGUUUGCGGAAGCCGGCACAAGUCACGACGAUCGGCUGCGCGGUGGUAGUGCGGUUGGUGGAGAAGUAGCGGCUGGAUUCGAACGCGUCGAAGGGAUUGGUGGCGGCGGGGUAGGCGAAGCAGAAGGAGUGCGACGUAGUAGCACGGCAACGGCAACGACGAGCGGUCAGCGCCAGCAGCAGCAGCAGCAGCAGCAGCAGCAGGAACCGUUCGCACCGAAGACGGCCAGCAGUAGUGGUGAUAGUGUUGGGGGCGGUGGCGGAGGUGGUGGUGGUGGCGGUGGUGGACGAGGGUUCCAUUUCCCCGCGCAUCAACCCGGCCGGCAAGAGGGAGUGGACAUCGUCCUGCCGGUCGCUUCGUACGUGGGAGUGGUGGGCAGUGGUAGGCGACAGCAGCAGCAGCAGCAGCAGUACCAGCAGCAACAGACAGCACCGUCGUCCGCGGACGAUCCGGUCGGUGGUGGAGUGGUGGUAGUGCAGGGCGGCAGCGACAGUAGCAGCAGUAGCACCGGCAGCAGCAACAGUGGUGGUGGUGGUGGCGGCGGCCUUGUCAGUGGCAACAGUGGUGGUGCGGAAAGUAGUGCCAGUUGCAGCAGCACCGCUAGCAGCGGAAACGGAAUUGCCGGCUCGGUGGUUGCGCCGGACGCGGUCGGGGGCAGCUCGCAGUUCGGUUCGAUCGGUACGGGCAGGGCGGGCGGGGACGCUAGUCGCGAGGACGAGGGUGGCUCGAGCGGGAGCGGGGGGAGCGGCAAGCGCAUCCUUGCCGUGAACCGCAACAUCGACGAUCUGCUGUUCGG